GACAAAACAAAAUAGAGCAUAUCCCUCACCUCAAUGGCAGUUACACAGAAGCGGAGGCUAGGAGGAGAAGCAGUCGAGCAGAAGCAUAGAUGGCGCCGACGGGACGGCCAAGAGGACGCCCAAGAAAGAUGGGUCACACUAGAAUGCAUGCAGCCUGGAAUGCAAUGCGGCCCCUUGGAUUCACCCAGUACAUGGUGGUGAAAACAGCGAAGGAACUCUUGCAAGUGUAUGGUGAAGAAGGAUGGAAGUUCAUUGAGGACGAGGAGAAUUCCUAUAAGGUUUUGGUUGAUGCUAUCCUUGAGAAAGUAGAGAAACGGGAAAAAAAGAAGAAUGAUACAGUACAUGCAAGUUCUUCAACCAAAUCAGCUGUUGAGGUAGAGAAGACACCUGGAAUUGCUUUCCCUGCUGCUUGCUGUGAUGAUGAAGAUGAACCCUUGAUUAGUGAGUUGCAGGUAACUGAGACCCCAAACUCUGCAGCACAGACCCCUAAACAACGAGGAGGCAGCGACAUGAAACAGAGACGUAGACAUUAUUACCAUGGCUGGAUUAGUAAUGACUGGAAGGAGGAUCUGGUCGAGCUAAAACCAGGACCUCUAGCAGAAAAAGUGGCAAAACUUCUCCUGGAAAAUGUUCGUGAAAAGCGCAAGAGAUGGGAUGUAAAACCUGAAGAUAUGUAAGGCUAACGCAUAUGCCAUUAGUCUCCCAAUCACACUUAAAAGUUUCUUGCAAAACCUCAUGUCCAUGGCUUUGUUUUGUUUCCAGUCAUUAUGGUCUGAUAUUUAGCACCACCUCAUAUAUUAUUGAAAGAAAAAUGAUUUAGCAAU